AUGAAGAAAGCUGGUUACAAAAGAAACACCAGCGUCAUCUUCUCAUUGGAAAUAGUUUUUCUGGUUUGUUUAUGUGUUUCAUUAGCUUACGCUGAAAACCAACAGGUCUCAAAGGAAGACGUAAAACCAGAAAAAAUAACCACAGAAAUUCCACAGACACCAAAGAAAGACUUUAAAUCAGAACAAGACAUAAACGCCAAUACUGAUAAAACUGUAAAUACACAAGGUAGGAAAGCUGAUGAUAAUAUUAAUUCACAUGUAGAGAAUGUUGUUAAAUCUAAUGAACAAUCAAUUCAAAAUCAGUUCUCAGAUGAAAAAGUAAAUCAAAAGGCUGAGAAUGAUAGAAAACUUAAUGUUCAAGACGAUAAAGAAAGCAAAGGUAUUAAAGAUGUAGAAAACAUAAAACCUAAAUCAGAAAAGGUUGAUGAAUCAGUUAAAAAUGAUCUUGUUCAAGAAAUGAAUCAAAAUGAUAUAAAUAAGGACACUGUUAAUGCUAAUGUUAUUAAGGAUCAAAUAGGUGAAUCUCAUAAAAAUGAUAAAGAAGACACUGGUCCAAAUUCUAAACCUGGACCUUCUUCUGAAAAGGGAGAAGGCUUUCCUGCUAGUGCAAUAGGAACAAAUGAUCAUGCAGAUAACAAAAUUGAAAGAUCAGGAUCAAAUGAUAAUAGGAAACCAGAAGAGAACGUAAACCAGGCUAAUAAUGAGAAGAUGCUGGAGAAAGAUAAUGAUGUAAAUAAAGUCACAGGUGAUCAGCCAACAAAUUUAGAAGAGGUUGAACUGAAGAAAAAUGUUGAAGAUACCUUGUCUGAGGAAGAUUAUGAUCAGUGGUUAAAUGAUCAUAGUAUUGAAUCCAUGACAGAGUCUGCUGAAUCAGGAAGUGAACCAGAAGACGGUACAGAUACUGCAGGUAAAGUUGAUGCACAUGGUAGUUUUAGUUCUACUAAUAUUGUGGGUGAUCUAUCUAGCACUUCUAAGUAUAAUCCUAGUAGCACUUCUAAUAAGCAUGCCCAAACUAAAUCUGAUGACUUGCCACACAAAACAGUGAGGCAAGAUCAGAUUGCAGAUGUUAAAAGAAACGCUGAAAAGAAUAACAUACCAAGUGCACAAGACAAUGGUGAUGGUAAUGAUGCAAAUGAAUGGGAAAAGCAAAGAAGGAAUGGUAAGUGGCCUUCUCAUUUAAAAAUGGAUGAAUCUCUUGAACUAGAGACUCAGAAAGAUGAUGGAUCUACAAAAGAAAGUGACAAAGAAAUAGAUUUAGAUAAUGUAAUGGCAAGUCAGGACAGCAGGCAGCCUAUGGAGUCUCAACAAGAAAAAUUACAAAACCUCAAUGAACAGCUGUUGAAGAAAAUAAAUCCAGAAGCUUUUGAACAACUCAAGCCUGUGUUUGAAAAACAGUUUAAAGAAGCUUUAAAGACCUUGAGUCAAAGAAAACAAUCAGUAGAGGAGGUAGAGGAGGCGAGAAAAACCCAGCAUAAAAAGCAUCUCAGAGAUAAUAUGAAUGUUGUUGUAGAUCAGGAAGAGCUGAAACAUUUUGAUAAAAAAGUCAAGGAGGCUUACGAACAGAAGGCUACCCAAACAUAUACCCAAAUACAAGAGACAUUGAAGACGUGGAAAGCUACUCAAGAAAGUAAAAAAGAAAAGCAAGCUGAAGUGAAAGCUGUAGAUUGGCGGAGUAAUUAUUAUGAUAUGCCUGUUUUUGACUUGAUGGAAGGGAGGCAAGAGUAUAUAAAGACUUAUUACAAACUCAAGUACCCAGAAUCUUAUACAAAACCAAGAAAAUAUACAAUGGAGGACUUUCCCAAGAUUAUUAAUGAGAAAAGACUUAACAUGGAUGAGGUAGAUCAGAUAAGCAGGAGUAUAAAUGGAAACAAGAAAAGAGAGGUUGUUAUCUAUAAACCUAACAAAGAGGGAACAGUCAGAGGACAAGUCUAUCAGAUGACAAUAGAACCAUCAGGGGAGAUAACUACAGAGGUAAAACAAUACAUUCAGCCUGGUUCCCCUCCCCAGUUAGUGUCCCAGAAUCAGAAGUUAGAAGAUAUAUAUGUACAAGAAAAGGAAGCAAAAGAAGUUGUAGAAGAAAAGCCCUUAUCACCAGAAGAACUUAAAGCUGAAGAAUACUACAAGCAAGGAGAGGCUCUUAUAAAUGAAACCUUCCAGAAAGACUACCAUCAGUAA